AUGAAUUUGAAGCACUGCGCCCAAACACUCCCUGUCCAACUUCUGGGCUAUGGCUUCAGGUCCAGGACCUCAUCCUAUGUCUGUCCCUGCAGUCGCCCUCCAGGUGCCCUCUUACCCUUGCCAACGAACCCCUCCUCUGCUCUGUACAGUGCACACAUCCCAAAGUCCUUGGAGAGGCCUCCCCGCGCCUCGCACGGCACGCCCCCCACGGGCUCCCCGCCCACCCCGCCCCUCGCCUCGCCUCCCCGCACGGUGCUCUCCUAUAUAAACCGCCGCCGCCGCCCGCUGCACGCACUUCCCGCCCUCGCCUGCUUCCACGCCGCCGCCUCGCCACCAGCCCCGUCCUCUGCCCGCUCCGCCGCGCCGCUCUCGCCGCCCUUGGCCUUGGGAGGCUCCGCCGCCCGCAAACGCCCGACCUUCGCCACCUUCCGGGGAACCUUCCCCUUCUCGCCGCCACCAUGGCCAACCCCGGUGCCACGCCGCCUGGGCUUCAGGCACCGGCUGCACGCCGCCGCCGUGCCCAGGCUGCCCGCGCUGCUCACCGAGCGCCCGCUGGCCCUGGGCACCCUUAACAAGGUCUUCGCGUCGCAGUGGCUGAACCCCAGGCAGGUGGUGUGCGGCACCAAGUGCAACACGCUCUUCGUCCUGGAUGUGCACUCGAACCAGAUCACGCGCCUCCCGCUGCUGCGCGACCGGACACCGGCGCCGGCCCGGGCCCAGGCCCAGGCCACCUGUGGCAUCCACGCCAUCGAGCUGAACCCCUCCAAGACGCUGCUGGCCACGGGCGGCGAGAACCCCAACAGCCUGGCCGUCUACCAGCUGCCUACGCUCGACCCCUUGUGCCUGGGCGACCGCCUGGGCCACCGAGACUGUAUCUUCGCCAUCGCCUGGAUGUGCGACGACGUGGUUGUGAGCGGUUCCCGAGAUGGCACGGUGGCGCUGUGGCGAGUGGAUCCCGACAUGUGCUCCGGCAGCCUCGCAUGGCACAGCAACGCGGGGCUCCCGGUGUACGCCCAUCUCCAUCCCAGUGACAUGGAGGCCAUCCCCAGGGCCAGCACCAGCCCCACCAACCGCAAGGUCCGUGCCCUGGCUUUCAGCAGCCAGAACCAGGAGCUGGGGGCCGUGUCCCUGGACGGGUACUUCCACCUGUGGAAGGCCCGGAGCAGCCUGUGCAGACUGCUGUCCAUCAGGCUGCCUUUCUGCCGAGAUAACGUGUGCCUGAGCUACUGCGACGAGCUGUCCCUGUAUGCCGUGGGCUCCCAGGCCCACGUCUCCUUCCUGGAUCCACGCCAGCGCAUCCAGACCAUGCGGCCACUGUGCUCCAGGGAUGGCGGCACUGGCGUGCGCUCUCUGAGCCUCUACCAGCACCUCAUCACCAUAGGCACCGGCCAGGGGUCCUUGCUCUUCUAUGAUAUUCGCGCCCGGAAGUUUUUGGAGGAAAUGGCGGCAGCCAGCCCAAGCACCAGUCCAGUGCCCACCGGAAGGAAGCUCAGGCUGAACGCCGGGAGAGGCUGGCUCAACCACAAUGACCACUGGUUAAACUACUUCAGCGGUGUGGAAGAGCUCCCCAAUGCCCUCUACACCCACUGCUACAACUGGGCUGAUAUGAAGCUCUUCGUGGCUGGGGGCCCUCUGGCUUCAGGCCUCCACGGCAACUAUGCGGGCCUCUGGAGCUAAGUACAACACUACCAGUUGGCCAGGAUUUGGAGUGUUCGAUGGAGAUGGAGAGAGAAGGAUGGACCCUUGAGGCAACCAAAAACGUGGCUUUAUGCAUUUUCUGCACCUUGUCCAGCACCAACCACCAUCUUUUUGCCUUUUCGUACAAAGAAUUUUGACUCACCCUAAUUGCUUCUCUCUCUAGGUGAUUCAAGUAUUCCGUUUACACUGAUAAAGAUGACGUCUUGGUCGUCUAAUUAGUAUACAUUAUUUUUCUAUUUAAUGUAUUACAACAAAAACUUUUUUUAAUUUUUCAUUGCAGAUAGAUGGUAUUUUAAGAGUCACUUUUGCUAAACAGGGUUUAUACAUUUGUUCUGAAGAGCUAGCUGUAGUUUUAUAGCAUUGUUACAAUUGAGAAACUCAUUCAAAUUAAAAAUGACAAAAUUUUGGAAACCUUUGAUUUUUAAGUUGGGCUCUUAAUGUCCAUAGUUUAUACAUUGUUGGUGCUACAGAUACUUUUGAAAAAAUAUAUUUUCUUUGGGGAAAACAAGUUAUCUUAGAUUCUUGGUGGCUUUUUGUACCAAAAUGCCAAUUGGUCAGUACACUUCAGUAAUGGAAGAGUUCUGGUUAAUUGAAUGCUCAGAGUUAAUCCAAAGUUAGAAUUUUUUUUUAAAGAAUUAAAAUUUUAUUAACUGAUGUUAAAUAAACAGAAGCUUAUUUUGUUCACUUUUGCCUUAGUGCUAUCUAACCUUGUGACUACAUAUAAAUUUUUGUUUAAGGAUCUUGCACCGAAUUGUAGUGCCACCAUUCAGAAUCAGGGGUACUAAAUAUACCCCUGUAGGAUGUAUGGUAGUUUGGACUUAAUGUAUACUGAUCCAGGAAAGAAACUGGAUAAUUUUCUGUUGGUAAUAUCAAUGUUUUAUGUUUUAAGUGUUUAAUAUAUACAGGAAUGAAGUCACAAGGGGAAAAAAGUUGCAAAGAAGAAAAAAACAGCCCAUUCCAUAUUAUUCUGAAAGAGUCUUUAAUUUGUAAUAAUUUUUUGUGAAUAUCAGAGAUUCUUCUUAAAAGUAAAAUAAAUGUGUAGUUAAAUGUAGUGUUGUUAUAUAGCCCUCAGUGUAAUAAUGAUUAUCCAUGCAGGAAUCCCAUUUCAAGAUGAGCCUAGAGAAUUAAAAUGGGAUCAUGUUGGAAAAAAAACUACUUGGGGGCUUAAAUUAAUAUAAGUUGUAGAUUAUUACUGAAAUUGGUUAUACUUCGUCGUAUGUAAGGAUGUUGGAAGUGAGAAAAGACCUUGGCCCUUCCCCCAAAGUGGCCAGGUUGUGCUAACCUUGGGUUAGUAAUAUGUAACCUGUUUUUCUUUAAACGUCUUGGCACUUGGGCAUUGCUUUAGUCCAUGCCCUACUUGUUAAUUCACAAACUGAUUUAAGAAUUGUUCGUAGUUCAGUGGUACUGAAAAUUAGCUUAAGACAGAAAAAGCUUUUUUUUUCUUUUUUGGAGAUUGUUUCUACCAGUCCAUACAGUUGUUAAAUAAAAGUAAAAUAUGUUUGUGUGCAUGUAUGAUUCUACAACUCAGUUUAAUAUCUAGAGGAUAAUGUAACUGUCAUCUUUAUAUUCUCGUUUGUUUGUUUUUUAACUAAUGCCCAGCAAAUCACAGGCAGUCAGGAAAUAUUUACUGAGUGAAUGUAUUUGACAUCUGGAGACCUAAAAGUUCAAGGACUUAGAACAUACAUAAUACACAAAUAAAAAUUUACUCUUCAAUAA